UCUCGACAUUCAUUUAUUCUUUUAACUAAUACUCCAUCUGUAAAUAGCCAAUCAUUAAAAAUCAACACGUGUCAUAAAUUCAUUAGCUGGCAUAUUCUCAAUUUGCCUUCAACUACACCUUAUUCCUUGCUUUAUUUUCGAUUUCGACGCUUUAGAACGAGAGAGAUUCAGAGGUUUGUGUUUGAACCAAAAAAAAACACAAUGAAGCGAUCAAAGACGGUUCUGAAAUAUCUCUUCGUCUUUGUUUUGGUCACCCUCCCUCCCAUGCUCUUCUUCUUCUCUACACAACAACGUAAACCUUCCUUCAACGCCCAAAAAGAUCUCAUCAAGAUCCGACCCGGUUACAAGUCUUACGAUUACUACAUCCAACGGCAGCUCAACAAAACGCUUAACCCUAGGCUACGUACGAUAUGGAUGACACGAGACUGGGACCGUAAGAUCAAAGUAUUCUCAAGAUUCUUCCAAGACCUCAAGCGUCAAAAGUUCUUAUCCAACGCUUCUAAGUGUCUCUGCGUUGGAGCUAGAGUCGGACAAGAAGUGGAGGCACUGAAACGGGUGGGCGUGACUGACUCGGUCGGGAUGGAUCUUGUUCCUUAUCCACCGUUGGUGGUCAAAGGAGACUUUCAUCACCAGCCGUUCGAUGAUGAGACUUUUGAUUUCGAAUUCUCUAACGUGUUUGAUCAUGCGCUUUACCCGGAGAAGUUCGUUGGAGAGAUUGAACGGACACUACGACCAGGUGGUAUAUGUGUGUUACAUGUGGCUCUCUCUACACGCUCGGAUAAGUAUUCUGCGAACGAUUUGUAUAGUGUGGAGGCGUUGGUGAGGCUGUUCAGACGAUCGGAGGUGGUUCACGUACGAAAUGUGGACGGCUUGGGGUUGGAUACGGAGGUCGUUUUUAGGAAGAAAAGGGAUUCAUCAAAGUAAUCCAGUCUUGAAUGUUUUUGCUCCUUCUUCUUUUUUUUUCAACAUUUAUUGUUUAUCUAUUAUUUUCCAUCGAAUCACAUAAAAACAGGAUGUAUUCUAAAAUUUAUAGUUCGUAUAGUGUUCUAAUUGCAUGGUUGAUGGUAUUUGAGGGUU